AUGAAAGCACACGGCGUAUUCAAUACGGCCCAGGGAUUGGAAAAGAACGGCAUCGCAGGCGCGUCCGCCGUCUAUUACAACCUGUCCGAGCCGCAAUUGUACGAAUACGCCCUGUCGCGUGGCGAAGCCGAACUGGCUGCGGGCGGCGCGCUUGUCGCGCGCACAGGCGAGCACACCGGACGCUCGGCCAAGGACAAGUUCGUCGUGCGCGACGGCAUUGUCGAAGAUCAUGUCUGGUGGGACAACAACAAGCCGAUGGCGCCCGAUGCGUUCGAGCGGCUCUACACCGACAUGCUCGCCGCAACCAACGGCAAGGAACUGUUCGUGCAGGACCUGACGGGCGGAGCCGACGCCGAGCACGCCAUCAAUGUACGCGUGGUCACGGAAAAGGCGUGGCACUCGCUGUUCAUCCGCAAUCUGCUGAUCCGGCCGGAUCGGGCGGCGCUGAAGAACUUCGCUCCGCAGAUGACGAUCAUCGACCUGCCCUCCUUCAGGGCCGACCCGGUCAAGCAUGGCUGCCGCACCGAAACGGUGAUCGCCGUCGACCUGACGCGGAUGAUCGUGCUGAUCGGCGGGACCUCCUAUGCCGGCGAGAUGAAGAAGUCGGUCUUCACCGCGCUGAACUAUCUGCUGCCCGGCCGGGGCGUCAUGCCGAUGCAUUGUUCGGCCAAUGUCGGGCCGAACGGCGACGCCGCCGUCUUCUUCGGCCUUUCGGGCACCGGCAAGACGACGCUUUCGGCCGAUCCCGAACGGACGCUGAUCGGCGAUGACGAGCAUGGCUGGGGCCCGGACGGCAUCUUCAAUUUCGAAGGCGGCUGCUACGCCAAGACGAUCCGUUUGAGCGCCGAGGCCGAGCCGGAGAUCCAUGCCACGACCCAGCGCUUCGGCACGGUUCUGGAAAACGUCAUUCUCGACGCCGACCGCAAGCCCGAUUUCGACAAUGGCUCGCUGACAGAGAACACGCGCUGCGCCUAUCCGCUGCAUUUCAUUCCCAAUGCCAGCGACACCGGCAAUGCGGGCCAUCCGGCCAACAUCAUCAUGCUGACCGCCGAUGCGUUCGGCGUGAUGCCGCCCAUUGCCAAGCUCACACCGGCGCAGGCCAUGUAUCACUUCCUGUCGGGCUACACCGCCAAGGUGGCGGGCACCGAAAAGGGCGUGACCGAGCCCGAAGCGACCUUCUCGACUUGCUUCGGCGCGCCCUUCAUGCCGCGCCAUCCCUCCGAAUAUGGUAAUCUGCUGCGCGAACUGAUCGCCGAGCAUGGCGUCGAUUGCUGGCUGGUCAACACCGGCUGGACCGGCGGCGCCUAUGGCGUCGGCCAGCGCAUGCCGAUCAAGGCGACCCGCGCCCUGCUGCGCGCCGCGCUCGACGGUUCGCUCAACGCCGCAGAAUUCCGCACCGAUCCCAAUUUCGGUUUCGCCGUGCCGGUCGCGGUCGCUGGUGUCGAUUCCUCGAUCCUCGAUCCGCGUUCGACCUGGGCCGACAAGGCGGCCUACGAUGCGCAAGCGACCCGCCUGUCGUCCAUGUUCCGCGACAAUUUCGACAAGUUCGAAGGCCACGUCGAUCUUGAGGUGAUGGACGCGGCGCCGGUUUUUCUUGAGGCCGCCGAAUAA